CUCUCCUCUCCCCUCCCCCCUCUAUCUCCCCCUCCCUUCCUAUCGCCCCCGCCCUCCCUCUCCCAGGUCUUUUCUAGACUCUUCAGUCUAACGACACAUCCGGCCACUCUUCUCAAAGCUCUCCAGAAAGUUCUACACUGUAGAGCCGUGCGGCUAUAAGAACCAGCCAUCGUCCUUCACCAGCCUCAGCGUGAUUCGAGUGAAAGCUAGUAUAGUAAUAUCAUUUGACAAGUUUUGUCACCAUGGUUCACGAAACCGGCUUCUACGAUCUGUUGGGUGUCAGCCCCAGAGCUUCACAGGAGGAACUCAAAAAAGCCUACAGAAAACUCGCAUUAAAAUAUCACCCCGACAAGAACCCGAAUGAAGGAGAGAAGUUCAAGCUUAUAUCUCAAGCAUAUGAAGUGCUGUCAAACCCAGAGAAGAGAGAGUUGUAUGACCAAGGAGGAGAACAAGCGAUUAAAGAGGGAGGCAUGAGUGGAGGAACUUCCCCAAUGGACAUGUUCAACAUGUUCUUCGGAGGUGGAGGAAGGAUGCAGAGAGAGAGAAGAGGGAAGAAUGUUGUCCACCAGCUUAGUGUUACACUGGAGGAGAUGUACAAAGGCAGCACCAGGAAGCUUGGACUUCAAAAGAGUGUAAUUUGUGAAAAAUGUGAAGGCUAUGGUGGUAAGAAAGGUGCCUUGGAGAAGUGCUCAACUUGCAAAGGAAGAGGCGUACAAGUCAAGGUGCAACAGAUUGGACCAGGCAUGAUUCAGCAGAUCCAAAGCAUGUGUGCUGACUGCCAGGGACAGGGCGAGAAAUUUAACGCUAAAGACCGCUGCAAGAACUGCAAUGGACGCAAAGUAGAACGCAAGAAGAAAGUUCUUGAAGUUCACAUUGACAAAGGUAUGAGAGAUGGUCAGAAAAUUACAUUCAAUGGAGAAGGUGACCAAGAACCUGGACUGGAGCCUGGGGAUGUAAUCAUUGUUCUGGAUCAGAAGGAGCACCCAGUGUUCCAAAGAAAAGACGAUGAUUUGAUAAUGAAGAUGAACAUCAAACUUGCUGAAGCUCUGUGUGGUUUUAAGAAGACCAUUCAAACACUGGAUGACAGAAUGCUAAUUAUCAGCUCACAGCCAGGUGAAGUAAUCAAGCACAAUGACAUCAAAUGUGUUCAAAACGAGGGCAUGCCAAUUUACAGGGAUCCUUAUGACAGAGGACAGCUUAUCAUUAGUUUCCAGGUGGAAUUUCCAGAGAAACACUGGCUCCCAGAGCAUCUCAUGUUCCAGCUGGAAAGACUGCUUCCUCCUAGGGAGGAUGUGAUGAUUACUGAUGACAUGGAGGAGGUGCAGCUCUGUGAGGUGGAUGUGCAGACACAGAGAAGCACCAGCAGGGAAGCUUAUGAGGAAGAUGAAGAAGGUCCCAGAAGCGGAGUGCAAUGUCAGACGCAGUGAUCUUAGUCUAAGAUUUAAAACAAAAUUUAGAGAGCAUGUGGUUUUUGUUGUUUAAAAAGUUGUGUGAAGAUGCCUUUUUAACUGUUCAUAAAGUAAUGUUAUACCAAUAAGUUACAUUUAAAAAAAAGUUGCUGAAGCAAUUUUUUUGUGACUUUCCUGUGACACAAAUGCCAGUUGAGCAUUCAUUUGUGCUCAGUUAUCAAAACUGUAUUUUGGUUUCACUGUAUGCUCUAUUUAAGAUCCAUGCCUUUUUAUAUCCAUGUAUUAUGGUUUUCUUUUCAAAAGCUGAAAGGACACCUUGUAUGCUUUCUGUGAAGGUAAUUCCAGUUAUUACAAACUUCAUUUCUCAAUAAAAGUCCCAGAACACAUUAACUUU